UCAGGAUCAGGUACUCUAUUUCUCACGUAGUCAUCGCUAACGGAUCAUUACUAGCACUGCUCACUGCUCACAUUUAGUCUGGCCGGACAAUGAAAUCAAUUACUUGCUGCGGAAGAGAGAUGCAGUUGAAGAGUACACACGUAGAUCAGAUUGCUUUCGUAUUGUUACGGGGAUGAUACGUUCACGGUGUGAGCAGUUGGACAUGAUGGAAGACGAGCGCGUUAGAGCCGCCAUAUCAAUGUCCUUGUGUGAGCUGGCAACUGCGAAGCAUCAUUCAAUUCCAAUGGAGUGCGCCUCCUUCACCAUCAAUCAGCCGUCAUCAACAUCUACGGCCGGUUCGCAAGGUGAAUGUGUCAGUGCUUUAUCUCGAAGUGCUCAGUUCUGGUCAAGCUAUUCGGGAUAUCUUCGAGAAAUUCCCCAGCUCUGUUUUACUUUCCAAAGGUGGAAUGAUAUAGAUGUGGCUAGGGAUCUAUACCACAAUAUCACGCUCGAAAAGUUGAUGUUCAUCAAACUUGUGCAAGAACGGGAAAAGGAGGGAAAAGUGAAUGCAGAAACGUGGAAAUUGGGCAUAGCGGAGUUGUUUAAAACUGCUUCAUAUAUUCGCAAUGUAUCCCAACGAUUGGAUGCGCGUUUCGAGUUACAAGGGCACGAAGUAAACAAAAACCUUCUCAAAGCUGUGAAUAUUCUCGAGAGACGGGUAGACACUGUGUUGGACAAGUCCUUGAAUGCUUUAUCCGGAAAUUUCGUCGUGUCGUUGGGAACUGUCGUGUCAAACCUUGGCGAGGGCCUUCGUUCUCGUCUGGAGGAAACCUUGGUAACUCUCCAUGAACAGCACCAACAAUUACUCGUCGAGAAUACUGUACCCGAUAUCAUCUGGCUUGUGUCCGAUCAAAGCUGA